UGUAUCAGUAAUCGAAAUAUUUUCUUGUCGACUCAAAGGCUUAUGUCUGAUUAUUAAAAAUUUAAAAAUUUAAAACUAUGUAGUGUGUGCCAACAGUCAGCUAGGUAGUAGGUACAGCAGUUCAGUCUACACUUAACAAUCAAAAGAACAAAGUUUACCAUAGACUAAAAUGACAAAUUACUCAAUAAAAAACAUGAGCUGGAGUUGUUUAAAUACAAAAGAAGAUUUACUGAAUUUAUUUACUGGACACGUUGAUCAUGAUGUUAUUGAAAUGGUGAUAGAAAGCAGAAAUAAUGAUUUGUUAUUGGCAUAUCGUGAUCUUAUUGAAAUAACGAAGAUUCCUGAUCCUGAACCAAAUCUACAUUUACUAUCUAAUGACGAGAAAAAUCAAUCAGCCGCAGCUUCUACUUCCAAUAUUCCAAAAAUUAAUUGGGAACGUUUAUCCAAAACUGAAACACCUAUUAAUAAAAUACUAUAUUUAGUAUCAAAACGCUUCAAAGUUUUAGUAUUAAUGAGAGGAUGUCAAGGGAGUGGAAAAUCAUAUCUGGCAACUAAUAUUUUGAAUUUGUGCUAUAAGAAUGUUAAUAUUAAUGACUUUAUAUUUUUAGAUGAAACUUUGGCUAGAAAACUACAAGAAGAAUCUACAGAAGAAUGUUCUUCCAGUAGUUCAAAUCCCUAUAUAGGAGAAUUUACAUUUUCUGCAGUUUUAACAAAAAAAUUGUUGUUGGAAAAAUUUAAACAUAUUAAUUCCACACAUGUUCUAAAUGUUUUGCGUGCUAAAAAUUAUAAAUAUCAUGAAGCAAAUGAAUUUCUAAGUGAGGCAUCUGGAAUUAAACAUUCGUUAAACCAAGACACUCCAACUAUUCAAGAAAAUGAAGGAAGUUGUGUAAAUAGGGUAGGGCAUAAUGCAUCCAAUAAUGAUCAAGAUUAUAUAAGAGAAGCUCAAGAACUUUCAAUCAAAAGACAACAGCUUUUGCAAAAAGCUAACCAGUCUUUAAGUGCAAAACAACAUCCUUCAGUCACUGCGCAUUAUUUAGAGAGAGCCGACAUUGUUAAGCAAAACGAAAAACAUGCUAAAACCAAAGCUCUUGUAGAUAUGGUUAAACAAAAUGAAAAUGCCACUUCCUUAGAUUUACACAAUUUAACAGUUUCAGAUGCUAUUUUAGCACUAGAUAUUUAUUUGGAUAAUCAUAUAUCAAAUUUGAAAAAAUAUUAUGGAGGAAAUAGAGGUAGACAACUUACUAUUAUUACAGGCCGUGGAAAACAUAGUCCUAAGGGUAUUGCUCGGAUUAAACCCGUUGUUGUAAGAAGACUUCUUGAUAGACGUUUAAUGUACUUGGAACCUGAAGUACCAGGGACAGUUAUGGUUAUUAUCAAAAAGAAUUCUUUGCUCAGUUCAGAAUUUUAGAAGUAUGUUUAGAUCAGUAUAUUUAUUAAUGUUAAAUUAGAUACUGCUUACAUGUAUUUAAAUACAUAAUUAUAGUUUUUUUCAUUGACCUUUUUUAACUUUAAUCGUUGAUUACUCUAGUUAAGUGAAUAGUUUCAUUUGAUAUCC